UUGACGAUUGUUCUCGCUGAAGGCAGCUUCGGGUGUUUUGGUCCAGUCCAUUCCAGUCUACCUCAGUCACGAAAAUGACAGCGAGGAAGUCUGGAUCACGACUGGAAACCGAGAUAGAGCGGUGCCGCUCAGAGAGCCAGUGGGACAAGAUACCGGAGCUGGUUCGGCAGCUGUCGGCGAAGCUAAUAUCAAACGAUGACUUAGGCGAGCUACUGUUGGGGGAAUGCAAGCUCCAGACGUACUUGAAGGAGAAUCCAAUCAAACCGGGUUCGAGUCCCAGAGGUCCCCGUCCCAAACUGGUGGAGGUCAGAAAACAUCUCAUUGCUGCUCUGGACAGAGGAAACCUCAAGGCCGAUUACCUCCAGGAGGCCAGUCUGCUGAUGGCCAAACUCUGCUAUGUGGAAGGAGAAUAUAAAGAUGCUUUAGGUCACUACAACAAGGUGAAUCUGGAUGACUUGCAGCUGGUUGGAGCUCCUGUGUACAGGUUGUCCAUCAUUGCAGAGGCUUAUUCAACCAAAGGCUUGUGUCUAGAGAAGGUCCCGGCUGCCUCUCCGUCUCUGUCCAAUAAGAACACGGGGUCUCCGGCAUCUAAUCGGAGCGUAACAGAUCGAGAUCAGGAAAUCAUCACCUGCUAUGAAAAGUCUGGAGACAUUGCUUUGCUCUACCUGCAGGAAGCUGAGAAGGCGUUAUCAGCAGGGAUUCAGAACCGCAGCCCAAAGCCCGGACCAACAACACAAGACAUGGAGCUGGGCUACUUCCUGGAGACCGGCCUACAGAGGGCACACGUCAUCCACUUCAAGAACGGAAACCUGACGCAAGGCGUGGGCAGGUUUCGAGAGAUUCUUCGGGCCGUUGAGACCAGAACCACCCAGAACCUUCGCAUGACCAUAGCGCGCCAGCUGGCAGAGAUCCUGCUCAGAGGAAUGUGUGAACAGAGUUACUGGUCUCCUCUGGAGGAUCCACCAACGGUGUCACCUCUGGAUAAUCCCACACAGCAACGACACACUUACAGCAAGAGCUACAAACUGAGCCGACGCCCGCGAGUGUACUCGGGAGAAAAUUUGUUUUGCCCUCAGGAGAACACAGAGGAAGCGUUGCUGCUGCUGCUCAUCAGUGAGUCCAUGGCUAAUCGUGAUGCGGUCCUGAGCAGGAUUCCUGAGCACAACAAUGAUCGGAUCAUCAGCCUGCAGUCUGCCUCCGUGGUGUACGACCUGCUGACGAUAGCUCUGGGCAGGAGGGGGCAGUAUGAGAUGCUGUCUGAGUGUUUGGAGAGAGCCAUGAAGUUUGCCUUCGAGGAGUUCCAUUUGUGGUACCAGCUCGCCUUGUCGCUAAUGGCAGCCGGCAAAUCAGCUCGGGCCGUCAAAGUCCUCAAGGAGUGCAUCCGCCUGAAGCCUGAAGACCCAACCAUCCCGCUGCUGGCUGUCAAACUGUGUAUCGGACCUCUGCACUGGUUGGACGAAGGAGAAAACUUUGCAAAGUUGGUGAUCGACAUGGGAGAGAAGGCGGCUGAAUUCAGAGCCAAAGGCUACCUGGCCAUCGGUUUGGUUUACAGCCUCAAAGCCACCGACGCAUCGUUGCGGAGCAUGCAGGAGGAGUACCAGAGGAAAGCUUUGGGAGCCUUCCAGAGAGCUCAUAGUCUGACUCCCACUGACCAUCUCGCUGCUUUCUAUCUGGCUCUGCAGCUUGCUGUUUCCAGACAGAUCCCCGAGGCGUUAGGUUAUGUCCGACAGGCGCUGCAGCUCCAAGGAGACGACGUCCACUCCCUCCACCUGCUGGCCCUGCUUCUCUCUGCUCAGAAACAUUACCACGACGCCCUGAACAUCAUCGAGAUGGCUCUGUCCGAGUAUCCAGAGAACUUCAACCUGCUGUACACCAAGGUGAAGCUGGAGGCGAUGUGUAGAGGACCAGAAGAAGCUCUGCUCACCUGUAAACACAUGCUGCAGAUCUGGAAAAGCUUUUACAACCUAACAAACCCCAGUGAUUCGGGGCGUGGCAGCAGCCUGCUGGACAGAGCCAUCGCAGACAGACGGCAGCUCAACGCCAUGACUCUGCCGGACUUCAGUGACCCCGAGACCGGUUCUGUUCACGCCACAUCCAUCGCAGCCAGUCGAGUGGAGCAGGCUCUGUCGGAGGUCGCCUCCUCCCUGCAGAGCAGCGCCCCUAAACACGGACCCCUGCACCCCUGGAUGACGCUGGCUCAGAUCUGGCUUCACGCAGCCGAGGUGUACAUCGGCAUGUCGAAGCCCACCGAGGCCACGGCGUGCACGCAGGAAGCAGCCAACCUGUUCCCCACAUCCCACAACGUUCUGUACAUGAGGGGGCAGAUCGCCGAGCUGAAGGGCAACAUGGAUGAAGCCAAACGUUGGUACGAAGAGGCCCUGUCCAUCAACCCCACCCACGUCAAGACCAUGCAGAGGCUGGGUCUGAUUCUGCACCAGCUGCAGCGCUACAGUCUGUCUGAGAAAGUCCUGAGGGACGCCGUGCAGGUCAACAGCACGGCUCACGACGUGUGGAACAGUCUGGGCGAAGUGCUGCAGGCUCAGGGAAACGCCGCCGCCGCCACCGAGUGCUUCCUCACUGCCUUGGAGCUGGAGGCCAGCAGCCCCAUCCUGCCUUUCACCAUCAUCCCCAGAGCACUAUGAGACGCUCACACACACACCUGCACACAGACGGGUGUGCAGCCAUUUCUCUCCCUGUAAAUACUGCACAUACUGUGUGUGUUGGAACGUUUCAGUCUGUGCA